UGAUAAUAAGGAAGUAGCGGCAAAGCAAACGGCACGAGUCGGGAAGAUUUUGUUGUGCGAGCCCAGAACAAGACAACCUUCUUGCCUCCAUCGGCUCUUUCUAGCUAGACUAGAUGUAAUUCGUCUCCCGGUGGUUGUUAUGGAGAGAUACUCACUCCAGAAAGUCAUCGGCGAGGGGUCUUUUGGUCGGGCUUUGUUAGUCCGCUGCAAAAGCACUCAGGAGAAGUAUGUGGUCAAGGAGGUCCAGCUGCCGAAGAAUCCCUCCAAAUUGGAGAAUUCGCGGAGAGAAGCCAUCCUGCUGUCAAGAAUGAAACAUCCUCAUAUCGUGGCCUUCAGGGAGGCAUUCGAAGCUGACGACCUCCUGUGUAUUGUUAUGGAGUACUGCAGUGCAGGAGAUCUGCUCCAGAGGAUCCGGCAACAAAAAACGACGCAGUUCCGCGUUGAAGAUAUCUUGAGGUGGUUUGCUCAAAUGUGUGCUGCCGCGGUGCACAUCCACGACAAGCGGGUUUUGCACAGAGAUCUGAAGUCCAAGAACAUUUUCCUGACAGAUAAUGGGACAAUCAAGCUUGGGGACUUUGGUUCGGCGUGUAUUCUGAACAGCUCGAAGGCAUACGCACAUACAUAUGUUGGGACACCGUAUUAUGUGGCUCCGGAAAUCUGGGACAACAAACCAUACAACAAUAAGAGUGAUGUGUGGUCUCUGGGCUGCGUUCUCUACGAGCUCUGCACCCUGCGACACCCGUUCCAGGCGUCCAGCUGGAGGAGCUUGAUCCUUAAGGUGUGUCGGGGUGCGUACCCUCCCCUCCCCGGUCGCCUUCCCUACGAGCUGCAGUAUUUGCUCAAGCAGAUGUUUAAGACGAACCCAAAAGACAGGCCGUCCCUGCACAGCAUCCUGACCUCCCACCGCGUUUCCAGACUCCUGCGUGCGCACCUGCCCCCCCAGGCGCUGGAGACGCAGGAGCAGGGGAGGCGCACGGGUCGGUGGAACAGGGAGGAGGGGAAGAACGUGGCUGGUCUCCUUGGAGAGAAGAGUUUAAUAGAAAUGUCAACAUGUGAAGCAGAGGAGUUCGCCGAAGCCCGCUGCGAAAGCAGAAGGCCGGUUCCCCGAAAGCGGUGGGCGGCUGAGCCGUCGGACACCGCGCGCCAGAUGUUGGCCGAUGCCAGCCUCGCCUCGUCCGACAGCGAGCCAUCCACCGACCAGCCAGAGGAGCCGGAGGGCAGCAGGCCGAGGAGACGAUGGGAAAAGGAUCCUCCCGAGAGGCUUCUGGCUCUGCUGGAGAAGGCCCGGCUCAGCAGAGCCUCCAGCACCUUUUUGAUACACUCAGGAGUCGACGACCCCCUGGUGGGACCCCUCUCCCAGCCGCGGGGGGACGACACGGACGGCGGUGAGCCCAAUGUGGCCGAGGACGAGGAGCGACUGCAGCCGCGCUCCGACGACGAGGACACAGACUUUGAAGAGGACUCUGCGUGCGACUGGAUGGAGGAAGUUGAGAAAAUGUUUUCGGAACACUAAAGCCUCGUUUUGUCCUGAGCCUGCACAAUCAAAAGUUGUUUACAUUCCCUCAACACACUAAAUGGCGUAAAGUUCACAUUGUGUAUUUGAGACCACGUCUCGAUGCAGUAAAUGAGGACCAACUACAAUAGCAUCUUUCUAUCCAAGUUUAUAAAACAAAACCAAAAAACAGUGGAGCUCACAGUGAGACUUUGCACAGAUCCGUGUGAACCCAAUCCAACAAAACACCACAAUGUGAGUUGGAUAUUGUUAUCGUAAGAACCUUUCUUACAUAAAGAUGUUUGAGAUAAAAAUG